AUGGGCCAGUGCUGCAAUGCAAACACUUGGAAAUGCGGCAACUCCUCAGAAGACUGCGCGGACGGAACCUGCUACGAAGGUGCAUGCGCAGGAGAUUCUGUAUACACCACAGACGGAAAUUGUGGCAGAAAGCAUGGCUACAAGUCAUGUGCUGGCGUAUGGGGCAAUUGUUGCAACGCGACUGGGAGGUGCGGCUCUGGACCUGACUUUUGCGGAUACGGCAAGUGUCAAUUGGGGGAGUGUUGGUUGAAUGGAAUUUGCUCCAAGAUUUCGUUCUUCCAUCACCAAAGCAAAGACGAUCUAGCGGUCUGUGUUCCAUAG